GUGAGUGUAAAGUGCUCAGCUAAAUCGCAAAGCUACUUCAUGAACCUGUUGGUGCAAGUCUGACAAGAUGUUUGUUUGAUUCCUGUGUCUCCAAUGGACACGUGAGGGAAUAUUUCAACGUCAUGUUCAAAAUUUCAGUAUGAAGCUGGAUCUGAACAACUUCAACAUGACUGUGGAGUCCAGUGCUGAGAGGCCAGAACAGGGGCCGGUGGAGUACCGACUGGCCGGUCUGAUCUUCUACAGCUUCGUCUUCGUCAUUGGAGUCAUCGUCAAUAUCACGGCUCUCUGGGUUUUCUCUCUCACCACCAAGAGGAGGAACUCGGUCACCGUCUACAUGAUAAACGUGGCGGUGGUGGACCUCACCUUCAUCCUGCUGCUCCCCUUCAGGAUGGUCUACCACCACCUGGACUACUGGCCCUUCGGAGAUAUCUUCUGCCGAGUUAUUGCCGCUCUCACCAUUUUCUACCCCUGCAUGGCUCUUUGGCUGUUUGCUCUGAUCAGCGCGGACCGCUACAUGGCUAUCGUCCAGCCAAAGCAUGGCAAGGAGCUGAGGAAUGUCCCCAAGGCCGUGGUGGCGUGUUUGGGGGUGUGGCUUAUGACUUUGGGCAGCACCGUCCCCAUGCUCUUCUCCGAGCACGACCCCGAUCGCAUCUCCAACUUCACCACCUGCAUCAAGGUGCAAGACAUCAUCUACUUACGCCACGACAACGCUGUCAACUUUGUCCGACUCAUCUUCUUCUUCCUGGUUCCCAUAUGUAUCAUGAUAGGCUGCUACAUCGUCAUCGUGGACAACCUGAUCCACGGCCGCACCUCGAAACUCAAACCGAAAGUGAAGCAGAAGUCGAUCCGCAUUAUCAUCACGCUCAUUAUCCAAGUGUUGGUGUGUUUCGUGCCUUUCCAUGUGUGUUUAGUGCUGCGUUUGAUGGGGAAUGGCAAAGAUGGCGGGUUUAGCACGUGGGCGGUGUUCACCACAUUCCUGAUGAACAUGAGCACAGUGUUGGACAUUAUUCUGUUCUACAUUGUCUCCAAACAGUUCCAAGACAGAGUGAUCAGCGUGAUCCUGUACAGGAACUAUCUGCGGAGCGUGCGACGGAAGAGCCUCCACACUCGAUCAGGGAGCAACGUGACCAGUGCAAUGAUAUGAAACAGCACAUAUAUAUGUGUUGUGUGGAUUCCUCUGCAUGUAUCGCCGAAUAUACUUCAUUAUCCAAAGGAUCAAAACUUGCAAUUAAUUUCCAAGGUGUAAUUUACACUCACAGUAUGGGAGUGCUGCUGUUGUGGCAAAAACAUCUGUGUUCAGAGCUGAUUGACUCACCCAUGAGACUUGAGAUGUUUUUUUGUGCAGCUCUGCUCCGGCAAACACAGCGUCGGAGUCUGUGGCUCAGGUGUAACGAACACAGGCAAAAAUAAAGCUGGCGAUCAUCGAGGAAAUAGCCGACAGUAUCUCAGUGUUUGGUUUGAUUCUGUGAAUAGAUACUGAAACCCUCCUCAGCCUCCUCACUAUGUCGCCUCACAACCAUCAUGGGUCUGACAGCCUCCACAGCAUGGAAACAAUGGUGGGUUCUUCAAGGUUUCUCUUCUUGUUUGAUCUGUAUGACAUAUUUUUAUAUUCACCUACUUUGCAUCUCAGUGUUGCAUCAUGACGGAGUAAAUUUAACAUAUAAAAUCUAUUAUUACACCAAACACGUUUAAAGUUGCUGAAAAUAUAUUGACCAGGUGAUGGCAGCAUGGCACAGCGAGAUCCCAUCUAUCUGCCAGAGCAGAACAGACGAGGAUAGUGCUGGUUUCUUCUGUGUCUUGUGCAGAGUUACUUCUCCCUUUUUGGUUCCUGCAUGUUAUUACGUCUCAAAUUGCUUCACGAGGGCAAAUCUUUCGUUUCAUUUUCGAUGCCGUCGACGCUCAAAGAGAAGUUAACUACAUCUGUAACGGCUCCCUCAACCAAGACUGAAGUGUGUUUAUGGUGCAUUGCGAAUCAUAUUGAUUAGAUGUUAAAUGAUUCAGUCACUUGAAGUGCAUUUACAGUAACAUCCUCAAGAGAUGUCAGCGAGGUUAUUUGCUAGAUUUAGAGCAACCUCAACCUUAAGAGAGAAAACUCUUUCCUGCACAGGGGUGCUUUCAUGUCAGGUCUCAGGAGUUAGAAGCAAGAUCCUGCAAAUGAUCCAUUUAUCACAAUUGUCUGUCUGUAUGUAUACAGGUAUAAACUGUUCACCUCCCUGACUUCACACUUGGUUUGUGUAUUGAUAAUGG